AUGGAGGAGGGAGAAAGGAUGAUGGGUCACCUCGUUAAAAAGAGGGAUGACGGGGGUCUGUGUUCACAGGCUGAUGGACGGAGAAGAGGAGGAAGAAAAGAGGAGGAUGAAGAGGAGCUGACAGGAUAUAUGAAGGUGGAAUCGAGGAAGAAAUGGAGAGAAAAAAGAUGAGAGAGAGAGACAUUUUUCGGUUUUACAGCCCGUCAUAAAUCUCUCCAUUAGCUCGCCCUUUACUGCUGAGUGAAAUUUAUAGGAGAGAACGAGGAGGAGGAAGAGGAACGAGGAGACUGAUAAAUAUUGAGAGACUCAUUCAGUAUUUUUCCUUAAUGUCUGUUUUUAUGCAGCGGAUUAAUUUAUGUUUUCAGAGGAACAGCUGAUGAUCGAAUAUGAAUUAUUGAAACAGGAAACGGAUGCAUGAAUAAUAAACUUUAAUGGAUCCUUAUGAUACUGUGCUGGGAAAAUAAAAAACUCCCAGCAUGCAAGAAAUCAGCAUGUAGAGAAAAACAACAAAGCAUCUGAAAUCUAUUUGAGUAAAAAUAAUAAAAAAUAAUCUGAUAAACAGAUUUACAAACAGCAGGAGUUCGUAUCUAAAAAUAUUACAGAUCAAUCAUUGUCUAUAUUUCACGAUAUUUUCUAGGAAAUGUCCCUGUGAGGCAGUUUUUCACUUUUUCUCUGGGUGUAGAAAAACCUACACAACUAAAACAUUUUCAUUUCUCUUAUAAAAUGUUUGAUAAAGUUGUUUAAAACCUUCAGCAGACGUCAGAUAAAUAACAACAUCAUCGGCAUAAAUAGUAAACUUUGAGGUCUUGGUUCUUCCAUUGAAGACAAAUUCAGUGAAAAAAGGAAAAAAAGAGAAUUAAAUGAUUUGAUUGAUGAUACUAUUCAUUUUUUUAUAAAACUGAUGUUUUAUUUUGAUUUUGUCAUAAAAAUCACAAUAAUAUCAUCAUUGUGAUUUAAAGUCUACCAGCUUCACCUGUCUCUGUAAGCAGCACUACGUCAGCAUUUGCACCACCUCUGCUCUUUCAGUCCAUUAAUCCCUCAUCCUCCACCUUUACCUCCAUCCUUCCAUCCUCCACCUUCAUCCUCCACCUUUACCUCCAUCCUUCCAUCCUCCAACUCCAUCCUCCACCUUUACCUCCAUCCUUCCAUCCUCCACCUUCAUCCUCCACCUUUACCUCUAACCUUCCAUCCUCCAACUCCAUCCUCCACCUUUACCUCCAUCCUUCCAUCCUCCACCUUCAUCCUCCACCUUUACCUCUAACCUUCCAUCCUUCAUCCACCACCUUUACCUCCAUCCUUCCAUCCUUCAUCCUCCAACUUUACCUCCAUCCUCCACCUUUACCUCCAUCCUUCCAUCCUCCACCUUCAUCCUCCACCUUUACCUCUAUCCUUCCAUCCUUCAUCCACCACCUUUACCUCCAUCCUUCCAUUCUCCAUCUUCAUCCACAACCUUUACCUCCAUCCUCCACCUUCAUCCUCCACCUUUACCUCUAUCCUUCAUCCACCACCUUUACCUCCAUUCUUCCAUUCUCCAUCUUCAUCCACCAUCUUUACCUCCAUCCUUCCAUCCUUCAUCCACCACCUUUACCUCCAUCCUUCCAUCCUUCAUCCUCCAACUUUACCUCCAUCCUCCACCUUUACCUCCAUCCUUCCAUCCUCCACCUUCAUCCUCCACCUUUACCUCUAUCCUUCCAUCCUUCAUCCACCACCUUUACCUCCAUCCUUCCAUUCUCCAUCUUCAUCCACAACCUUUACCUCCAUCCUCCACCUUCAUCCUCCACCUUUACCUCUAUCCUUCAUCCACCACCUUUACCUCCAUUCUUCCAUUCUCCAUCUUCAUCCACCAUCUUUACCUCCAUCCUUCCAUCCUUCAUCCACCACCUUUACCUCCAUCCUUCCAUCCUUCAUCCUCCACCUUUACCUCCAUCCACCACCUUUAACUCCAUCCUUCCAUCCUCCACCUCCAUCCUCCACCUUUACCUCCAUCCUUCCAUCCUCCACCUUCAUCCUCCACCUUUACCUCUAACCUUCCAUCCUUCAUCCACCACCUUUACCUCCAUCCUUCCAUUCUCCAUCUUCAUCCACCAUCUUUACCUCCAUCCUUCCAUCCUUCAUCCACCACCUUUACCUCCAUCCUUCCAUCCUUCAUCCUCCACCUUUACCUCCAUCCACCACCUUUAA